AUUGGCAUGCAAAAUUAUGGAAGUGAGCGAUCUCAGGUUCAAAGGCAUUCAGCAAUGGAUAGAUCGAUGUCGCGCACACGCUGAACUCCGAAUUAUUGCUGCAAGACUGGACAUCGUCACGAAAUCUGACAAUUCAAAGGGUAAACAGGCGCUCUCCAAAAAGCGUUUGCGAGAAAAUCUGGAUGAAGAUUCGGUGAUACCGUUCAAAGUCAUCAGAAAUUCCUUGGUAUGGAGCGUGCGAGUCAAGUUGUCCCGGCCAAUUACUCUCAUAGAUUAAAUCUUUCUGUUUGCUUUAGGAAAAAGAUAUGAAAACUGAGCUAUUACCACCUUUGAUAACAAGCAUUAAAAAUGCACCAUCUUCGCAAAGCCGAAGGAGAUAUUGUGAUCAAGUCACAAAGCUAGCGGAACAUCUAUGCCAAAGCAAGCAUCAGCUACUACAUAGUUACGAGCAGGAGAUUUGUGCGAUAAUAGGUGAUAAUUUAUCCACCAACCUACAGCUUGCAUCAGAUAUCGCAUAUCUAUACGACUCUGAUUUAGAGAACUUUCUAAAAUUUGCAUCACCAGUGGUUCUUCCAUACCUCAUUGUUGAAAGGAAAAGAGCUGGACUCGACGCCUUGGCUGACGCUAUGCACAUUCGCCUGUCCGACUUGUGUGUUCAACAUGCGUACCAGAUAGCCAAAAGUAUUCUCACCCAAAAGUCCGAAGAUAAAUACACUGCAGCAAUAGAGUUCUUCGAACUGAUCACAGACUCGUAUAUCGGAAUUCAAGAGCUGAUAGAGCUAUGUGAAGUACGGCUGGUUCAAAACCUAGCAUUAGAGUUGAGUGGUGCGGCUGAAGGACAGCAGAUAUAUAGUGCAUUGGAUCGCAUCGCUAAAAUACUUCACCUUGAUGGAGUUACUGCUCUUCUCUCAAAUCAUAUGCUAAACAUAUUGACGUACAUGGAUACUUUGGUUGAAAAAGUUCAGAAGAGACAAGUCGAUGCCCCAAACGUACAAGUGUUCAAUUCUUUAAUCUAUGUUAUUCAAGAGACUAGAUCCAAUAUCAAUCGCCAUAUCUCAUAUAUUGCAGCCACAAUCGUCGGGAUAUCACAGCUCACUGAUGGCCAGAACAUUGCUGUUGAUUGUUGGGGACUUAUCAUCAGUGUACUCCAGCCAGCAGAUAAAUCUAAAUGCGCCAAUAUUAUUGUAGGAUCAUUGGCGUCUCUCCUAUGUAGAAGCGAAAUCAACGCUGUGCAAAAAAUAGUGGACUUAUUAAAGUCUUUGGUGACUACAGAUGGAAAAAACGUAGAAGAUUAUGCCGUUGCAUUGAACAUUCCCAAUCGACCAGAGCUACGUAAAAUCAAUGACAUGAUCAACUCAAGUAGGCGGGCCGUACCCCUAAAGCAACAGCUUGAGAACUGGAUUGGAAAAGCAUACGAUGGUGAUGUGAACGAUGUAGAAGUAGCAUUAAGAUCCAUACACAUUAUCUUGACCACCAAACCGCUUGAUGAACAUCAGAACUUGGUAACAGGAUAUCAGGGAUGGUUGGAAGAUGAUCAAAGAAACCAAGUGUAUAACUUACUCCUUGAGCUAUGCCAAAGAAGAAUCAGCGUUGAAUCGGUCCAAAUCUUGAUCGCCAAAUGUUUAGGUGCUCUUGGAGCUGCUGACCCCAAGCGUAUCAAUGUAUCAGUUAGUGACCAUCGCUUUGUGAUGAUGGAGAACUUUGUGGACAUGGAUGAAAACCGAUUUCUUGCGCUCUACAUUAUCCAAAACUAUCUCUAUCGAGCUUUGCUUGAAUCACAAAACGGCAGUAUUCAACGACGUGUCCAAUUCUCCAUUCAAACUCUACUUCGUUAUUGUGGGUUCACAAUGAACAUGGAUGGCGUACAAAGCACCACUACCCAUGAUAACCUUUGGAAUGAACUAUCUGCGGAUUGUAGGGCAGCCGUAGCACCUCUUCUCACUUCCUCCUUAGCCUGCAAUUGGACUUGGCAACGAAAAUAUUCAACUAUCUACGACAACACAGAAUCGUUUGACGAAUGGUUGAUCGAAUGGACUAUGAGCUUAAUUACUGCCUCAAAAGGGGAAGCAUACACAGUGUUCAACAGCUGCUCACCACUUAUACUCACAAAGAAUAUCGCUAUAGCAACCCAGCUAGUACCGCAUAUAGCGCUGAACAAUGUCAUCAAUAUGCAAGGGAAGGACAUCCUUCGUGAGAUUAUGUCUGUAUUAGAGGCAAAGGGAAACCACUCGGAACAGAAGAGGCAGGCGUGCUUGCAGGUCAUUGUGAAUGUGGUUGAGCACUGCAGUAUUUGGAUCCGUAGGAUGAAAGAAAAAUUGGGCUCUAGAGUCAAAUCUCGCGCCUUAGAUUUAGUGACUAUAUUCAUCGAUACCAUUCCCCACGGUAGCAUGGCAAAAGCUGCGUAUCAGUGUAAAGCAUAUGCACGUGCGUUACUUGAGCUGGAGCAAGAUAUUCGUGCACAUGGCAUGAAGGAUGACUCUUUCGGGUUGUUCUUGCGGAUUCACGCCCAUCUAGACGAUGCCGAUACUAUGAAUGGUUUGAGAGAAACUUUCACGCCAAAGUACUCUCAAGAACUUGAACUUUUACUUCUAGAGAGUAACAGCAAGUGGGACUUGGCAGAAUAUCAUUACGAAAGUUUGAAUAGCAAUUCAACCUUGGAUCGUAACAACGUCGUAGGAUAUCUGAACUGUCUACAAAAGCAGUUCAAAUAUGAGUCUAUCCUAUCUAUGUCGUCGACGUUUCAGAAGCAGAACCCUGACAUAACUUCAAGCGUUAUUCCUUUCAUGGUGGAAGCGGCAUGGCAUCAGCAAGAAUGGGAUAUGUUGGACAGUCUGUUGUCGAAAGUGACCGAACAUACCAUCAGCACACGUAUUGCGAAAGUGAUAGCUUGCUUACGAAAUCGAGACAGGCAAGGUGUAUACCGAGCACUGCAGCAAGCCCGCAUUCAUUGCGUGCAGCAACUUGCCGAUGGAAAGUUGGAAUCUUAUGUUCGAUCCUAUGACGAUAUUCUCAAUCUCCAAAUUUUGUCUGAGUUGGAGACCAGUUUUAUGUACAGUGAUGAUCAGAAUACCUCCAACAUUCGAAUGAAUUCUUUUACCGAAGAGAUGGGAGAUUGGCAUCGCAAGUUGGAAUGGAUGUCGCCAGCGCUGAAAUAUAGAGAAUACCUUUUAGAUAUUCGAGAAACCGCGCUUCGUCUGCUGGAUGUCGAUGGGUUGAAUUACCCGCUAAGACGUUAUUUGGUGGACGGAAAUCUCCAUCGGUACAAAGCCGCGAUGAAAGAAGGCAGCUUGCAGAAAGCAUAUCAUUCUCUGGUCAAAGCUGAAUAUCAGGACAAUGAACGGACCAUUGUGGCAAGGGCAAAAUAUUUGUGGAAAAGCAACCAAAAUCUUGAUGCUGUACAAUUUUUAUCUGAACAGACUAUGGAUUCUUAUACCCUUUUACUUCUCACACGCUGGAAGCAGGAACUAGGCAUGCUCUCACCUUCCAAAAUCGAAACAGAGUAUCGUCGUAUUUUGUAUGACAUGUCAGAUGCGAACGAUUUACAGCUGUGGGGAGGUAAAAACUGGAAGGAGAAGGCACACUACUAUCUAGGAAGCUACUAUGACAAGAUAUUCAUGUCUUCAGACGACGUGAUAGAAGAGCAGUACUUGCGAAGAGCUAAAGCAGUGUGUGUGCAAUACGUCCUGACAAUGGAAAAUGGGUCCAAAUUUCUUUACAAUGCCAUGCCAAGGCUCCUGACGAUAUGGCUGGAAUUGGGAACAGUCAUUGCCAAUGACACAAGAGGCAGCCAAGCCAAUGUACGACAGAUAUUCAAAGAGAUCAACAACAUCCUGCUCAAUAGUUCGAUUCCACCUCAAUCAUGGACUGUGGUUUUGCCUAGAAUGGUAUCUCGCUUAGAUCACCAAAACGGGGCGAUAUGCCAAACAUUGAUUGGUAUUCUCAAGAAGAUCUUCCGCACCUUUCCUCGAUCAACGGUUUGGCAUCUCAUAGCACAUAUAAACGGGUCAGAUGGUCAAAAUCCGUCAAGCAGAUCAAGAAGUUUACAUUGUGAGAGCAUUUUGAAAAAGACAGCAGUAGGAGAGGAAGGACGCACGUUACUUAGGAUCGUCGACCAAGCGAAAAUCCUUGUCAGGUAUCUGAAAGAACUGGCUCAGCAUCCAUACGAAGCCAGCAGUCGAAAUCAGUCUUUACCAGCAUCGAUGGUGCACUUGAAAGAUAUCGACAUCUGUGUACCAAUAGAAGCCGCUCUUAUGCCCUCUACCUCCAUGAUUACAGAUUUACCAACCAUUGCUCGAUUUGGUCCAAAGGUGAUGGUAAUGUCAUCCCUCCAAAAACCUCGAAGGAUCACCAUGAUUGGUAGUGACGGGAAACACUACAAAUUCCUAUGCAAAUCAAACGACGAUUUACGAAAAGACGCUAGAAUGAUGGAAUUCAAUGUUAUGAUCAAUACGUUCUUACGCAAAGAUCGAGACGCACGAGAGCGAUCUCUUUCUAUCCGAACAUAUGCUGUGACACCACUUGGUGAUCUUUGGGGCUUGAUUGAAUGGGUUAACCAUACCAAGCCAUUAAAAGUGAUCGUCCACGAGCAAUUGACAGAGAUCGGGAAAGACAUCAGCAAGCUUGCACAGUUCACCAAACGAGAAUUGGAUGCCAACAAUCUGAAGUCAGCACAGGAGAGAAUAUGGUCAUUUGAGAAUAAGGUGUUACCGGAAUGUCCUGCUGUUCUCCAUCGAUGGUUCUCCAAAACGUUCCGUGAGCCAUCACAGUGGUUAGCUGCGCGUACUCAAUUUUCUCGAACACUAGCUACUAUGUCGAUUGUAGGCUAUAUCUUGGGUCUUGGAGAUCGACAUGCGGAAAACAUUUUAUUACACGAGAUAACAGGAGAUGUUGUGCAUGUGGACGUCAACAUGUUAUUCGAUCGAGGUCAAAAGCUACCAGUGCCUGAGGUUGUGCCAUUUCGUCUAACCCAAAACCUACUGGACGCUAUGGGCCCAUCUGGCUACGAAGGCACGUAUCGAAAGUCAUGCGAGAUUGUUCUCCGAGUCUUACAACAGAACAAAAUGUCUUUGCUAUCUGUGUUUGAGACCUUGGUACAUGAUCCCAUUGUCGAGUGGAAGCGGUAUGGCGAGAGGCAAACAAUUCAAGCUCGUGCUAAGCGACAACUGGAUGGCAUUGAGAGGAAGAUUGAUGCCACAGGCAAUAGCAUUCAAGAUGAAGUUUCAAGGCUGAUUGAAGAGGCUACGUCGAACUCCAAUCUUGCAACCAUGUUUAUAGGUACGUUGAACUGGGUGUAUAAAGUCACUGAAGGCUGUUUGAUGUAAGAUUCUGUUUGCUUGGGACUCAUGAUGUUUGUUUGUCGCAAUAGGCUGGUCUCCGUGGUUGUAAGCCAUUGUACAUUUGUAGAACACACCAUACACUUCAAUAUAGCAUAGAUCAUGGCAAUACCUUGUAUUUUAGUGAAAAUCAAUAGUAAGGAUUAGUAAAUAAUGUAUAUUUUACUUUUGGAUUGACAAUAUGCAGAAGUUAGAGACGAAAAGGAGACAUCCGUUGGGUUCGAGAAUAAACACCAUUGAGAUGACGGGAG